AUGGAGUUCGAGACCGGCCUGUUCAUUAACAAUGAGUACAUUCCAUCCUCUUCAGGGGAGACCAUCUCUGUGUACAACCCCGCGGACAACACCCUGGUGACCGACAAGGUCCAGGUAGCUUCCGCCGAGGACGUGGACAAAGCUGUUGCAAGCGCCAAGGAAGCGUUCAAGACGUGGAGGUCGACGCCCAGCGGACAGCGUGCGGCCGUCAUGAACAAAUACGCCGAUCUCCUCGAGAAGCAUGCCGAUCAGAUCGCACUGCUCGAGACGACUAACAUGGGCAUGCCUAUUGUCGGCAGCCGUAUGCUGGUCGGCGCUCAAGCCCAGUCAUUCCGUUACUACGCCGGGCUCGUCGACAAGGUUCACGGCGAGACGUACACCGAGGAUGGAGACGGCCUGUUCAAGAUGGUCACCUAUGAACCUUUCGGUGUUUGUGCUGGAAUCUCAGCCUGGAACGGCACCAACCUGUCCGUAGGCUGGAAGAUUGCCCCUGCUGUGGCCAUGGGAAACACGUUUGUGCACAAGUCAUCAGAGAGGAGCCCCCUCUCCGCCCUCUUCCUCGGUAGGCUGGUCAAAGAGGCCGGGUUCCCGCCCGGCGUCAUCAACCUGAUCUCCGGCGGUGGCGCGACGGGUGCAGCCCUUGCAUCACACAUGGACGUUGCGAGAAUGUCCUUCACGGGUUCCGUAGCGGCUGGACGCAAAGUCCAGAUGGCUGCCGCGCAGAGCAAUCUGAAGCCCGUCACGCUUGAGCUGGGCGGCAAGUCGGCCUCGAUUGUCUUCGAAGAUGCGAACAUGGCGAAUGCCAUCCGACACAACUCGCAGAGCUUCCUUGCCAACAACGCUCAGGCCUGCUCCGCGGCCUCCCGACUAUUUGUGCACGAGAAGAUCGCGCCUGCGUUCAUCGAGAACCUCAAGAAGUCUUGGACAGAUCUCCUGGGUACGAUCGGUGACCCCACGAAUACCAGCACUUUCAUGGGACCAAUGGUGGAUCAAGCGCAGGCAGACCGCGUCAGGGAGUACGUCAAGGGGGCUAAGGCCGAUGGCGUCGAAGUCUUGGUGGACAGCAUCGAGGAGGUUGGGGCACGGCCAGGGAGUUUCUCGGGUCUUACUGUCUUCCUCAACCCAGGCCUUGACAGCCGCAUUUGGAAAGAGGAAAUAUUCGGUCCCGUGCUCGUCGUUCGCACUUUCAAGACGGAAGAAGAAGCUGUAGAGCUAGCCAACGACACGGAGUUUGGCCUGUCUGGCAUCAUCUUCACGUCCGACAUCUCCCGAGCUCUCCGAGUUGCCUCGAAACUCGAGGUCGGCACACUCACCAUCAACGCCAGCCAUUACCCCAGCAAGUUCACACCGUGGGGAGGAUGGAAGCAGAGCGGAUACGGACGGGAGGGAGGUCUCGAGGCAGUCAAGGAGUAUGUUCAGUCCAAGACGAUCCACGUUAACCUCAAUGCUUGA